ACCUGGCGCGCGCAGGUACGCUCCUGGCCGCUCCGCUCUCGCUCCCGCCGGAUUCCUCGGGCUUCCACUAGCUAGCGCUUCUCCGCCUCUCCCACCUGCGCCAUGGCCAACUCGGGCUUGCAGCUGCUGGGCUUCAUGUUGUCGCUCCUGGGCUGGAUCGCCGCGCUGGCGGCCACCUGCAUGCCCCAGUGGCAAAUGUCCUCCUUCUCCGGGGCGAACAUCAUCACCGCGCAAGCCUUCUACAGGGGCCUGUGGAUGGAGUGCGUCUUUCAGAGCACGGGCCAGAUGCAGUGCAAGAGCUAUGAGUCCAUGCUCAGCCUCGACUCCUCUCGCCAAGCCACCCGGGCGCUGAUGGUGGUCUCCCUUGUGCUGGGGGUGAUCGCCGUGGGGGUCUCCACCAUGGGCAUGAAAUGCACCAAUUGCGGGAGCGAAGACAAGGUGACGAAGGCUCGGAUUGCCAUGACGGGAGGCAUCAUCUUCAUGGUUGCAGGGCUGUGUGCACUUGUUGCUUGCUCGUGGAUCGGCCACCAGACCGUGAGGGAUUUCUACAGCAUUUCGGUGCCGACAAAUGCAAAGUACGAAUUCGGAUACGCCAUUUUCAUCGGCUGGGCCGGCGCUGCCUUGCUCCUCUUAGGGGGCGGGCUCCUCUCCUGCUCCUGCCCGGGGAAGACCGCCUACAGGGGGCGCCAGUACCCUCAGGGGAAACCCAUCUCCAAACCUCCCAGCUCCAAAGAAUAUGUCUAAAGUGCUCCUGAUUGACAGUUGCCUCACCCUA